UUUUAUUUUAUUUUAUUUAUUUUGAAAUGAAACAGGCGAUCUCCAGGGCCCCUCUCCCCUCACUCAAUGGAUGGAUAUGUGGUAUGCUAACUGAAAGCCCAGUAGACAGAUAGGUAGACAGGUAGACAGGUAGACAGGGGCCUUCCCUGACCGCUUCCAAUCACCCCAUCCGCUCCGCGGUGUCUGCAUAGUUUUUGUCUAGCCUUCCCACUCGGCCCUUUGGGGCCCUGGUAUCUAUCGUAUCAUCUAUCUCUGUUUUUCGUUUUCUGUGUAGUAGAGAAGAAAGGGGGCGGGGCGGCUUAUGGGAUGAUGAUGGAGUCUCUCCAUUGACGUUCAGAUCAUGGAAGAAAACCAACACAACACGUAUGGAUCAUGGAUCAUGGAUCGGGAUCUGUGGUUGCUAGAAAGUUUCCAGCUCCGGUUUCGAAAUAUUAUUUUAGUCAUUGCCAGUCAAAUCGAUCAGAUCGGAGCGGUCGAUGGAGCGGGGCACCCCCUCUCCCCCAAGCUUAACUCUCCUGGCGGUAUGAGUAUGAGUGGAUUUGGAGAAAGGUUAGGUAACGCGGGAACGAGGAGAGGAAUGGAAAGGAGCAAUGACAGGGAGAGAAAGGAGAAAGGAGAAAGGCAAGAAAUUAAAAAGCGCACUUGAGAGGAUCCCGCCUGGCCGCUUGCCGACGAUACUGCAAAGAGAAAGAAAAAGUCACAUUCUCCCCAAUUAAUAAGACACAGAAUGGCGGUAUAGAGCGCAUAUAUCAUAUUCCCCGCCCACCCCAGGCAACCAGGUGGAGCAUACGCAGUACGCUGCGUAUGCAUUUCUUGCAUAGUAUGUAUUCCCGGCUCAAAAGAAAAAAAU